GAAAGGCAGUUGUAUUAUGAAGAUUGAAGAGUCAUAUAUCUAAUAUCCAUACCAUUUUCAGCUGUACGUAUGAGAGAUAUCAUGGGUUCCAUCGGCAUAACAGAGAAGCCCCAUGCAGUUUGCAUCCCCUUCCCCGCCCAAGGCCACAUCAACCCCAUGCUAAAGGUGGCCAAAAUCCUCCACUUCAGAGGCUUUCAUGUCACCUUCGUCAACACCGAGUUCAACCACAAACGCCUCCUCAAAUCCCGAGGCCCCAACUCCCUCGACGGCCUCCCCUCUUUCCGAUUCGAGACCAUUCCCGAUGGUCUUCCUCAGUCCGACGUCGAAGCCACCCAAGACAUACCUUCCCUAUGCCGCUCUACAAAAAUGCAUUGCUUAGCUCCCUUUAGAAGCCUUCUCUCGAGACUAAACGACACCGCUUCUUCCAACGUCCCUCCUGUCACUUGCGUAGUUUCCGAUGGUAUCAUGAGCUUCACUCUAGACGCCGCAGCAGAGCUGGGCAUCCCUGAGGUUCUUUUCUGGACAACUAGCGCAUGUGGGUUCAUGGGCUACGUUCAAUAUCGCAAUCUCAUUGAGAAGGGUCUAACACCACUCAAAGAUGCGAGCUACUUAACGAAUGGGUAUUUAGAUACGGUGAUAGAUUGGAUUCCGGGUAUGAGCGGUAUUCGCCUGAAAGAUCUUCCGACCUUCAUUAGAACAACAGACCCAGAUGAUAUUAUGCUAGAUUUUGCAAUGGUUGAAAGCGAUAGAGCCCGGAAAGCUUCAGCUCUCAUCUUCAAUACUUUUGAUGCAUUGGAGCAUGAAGUGUUAGACGCACUUUCGUCCAUGUUUCCUCCAAUUUACUCCAUUGGUCCCCUGCAUCUUCUCCAAAAUCAGAUCCCGGAUGAUGAUCUUAAAUCAAUUGGGUCAAACCUCUGGAAAGAAGAAGAUGGGUGUCUGGAAUGGUUAGACAAAAAAGAGCCCAACUCCGUUGUUUACGUGAAUUUUGGAAGCAUAACGGUCAUGACAAGCGAGCAACUAAUUGAGUUUGCUUGGGGACUUGCGAAUAGCAACCAAAAAUUCUUGUGGAUAAAAAGGCCUGAUCUUGUGGAUGGUGAUUCCGCCAUUCUUCCACCGGGGUUCGAAGAAGACAUAAAAGAAAGGGGUCUAUUGGCAAAUUGGUGUCCUCAAGAAGCAGUUCUCAGCCAUCCAUCCAUAGGAGGGUUCUUAACACACAGUGGGUGGAAUUCCACGAUUGAAAGCGUGUGCGGCGGAGUGCCAAUCAUCUCUUGGCCCUUCUUCGCCGAGCAGCAAACCAAUUGCCGAUACUCUUGCAAUGAGUGGGGCAUAGGCAUGGAGAUUGAUGGUGGCGCUAAGAGAGGAGAAAUAGAGAGCCUUGUGAGAGAGCUGAUGGUGGGAGAUAAGGGGAAAGAGUUGAAGAAGAAAGCUGAGGAUUGGAAGAAGUUGGCAGAGGAGACCAGUAAUAAGCCUACCGGGUCAUCUUACGUGAAUCUUGACAAAGUGAUUAACGAAGUUCUUUUAUCUGCACGAGAUUGAUGGAGGGCUUACAUUAGACUGAUUUAAGGUUAAUGUUUACAUUUAAUAAUAAGUUUGUCUCGUGAACAGGCCGACAAAUUUUUUUGUCUUUGGAUUCUCCAUCAUCCUGUAGGGGUUGUUUGUCUUUCCAUUAAUAUUGCCCUGUCUUUUUAUUUUUUAUUAUUCUCUCGUGUUAUAUGAUAUAAAAUUAUAUAUGCUUGUAC